GGGGGGCCUGCGCAGAGUUCUUGGCCAGUCAACCCGCGCGUGCUUUUCUUUGACGACUUCUUCCGUCGAAGAACGGUCAAAGAACGUCAUUGCAUCUUUUCCUUCAGUUUCUCUCUUCCUCUCAUUGUCUCGCGUCCUGUCUUUGUCUUUUUUUGUGGCCGUUUUCUACUUGUCCGAGUGUCGCACAUCUCCGCUAUUCGCGUCCGGCAGAGAGUCCCCAUCCACCGGCCGAGAGCGGAAGUUUCUUUGCCGCCUGCUCAUCCAACUGUUUUUCUCCGGAUCUAGUUCAGUGUAAACGGGGAAGAAGGCUCUCAGAAAAGGAAGGUGCUCUCUUUCUGAUGUCGUUCCGUGUGCAAAUCGAGGCAUGGAUGAAAAACAGGCCAAACAAGGCUAGGUUUCAGGCAAGCGACCCGUCUUUUAAAACGAACGUGGAAACCUGAUCGGAUUGGCCCAUUCACCACCCGGCAGUCCGGUCCGUCUAGGGCGCUCGAAAGGCUCGAGAUCGUCGGGCGUCGACUCCCGCGAAGUCGACAGCCGGGAAGAGAAUCGUUUCGCCGAGACAUCCAGAGAAAUCGCGUGACUUUUUUAUGCAGCUGUCCUGACCCGCAUAUGAAAUCUCCGCAGAAACUCGACAUGCGCUUGCCUCUUUCACAAUGGCGAGUCGGUCUCACGCAGCGUACUGGGGCCAAGUGGCUCGUGUAAGAAUGAAAGCCGAGAGACGAGGGCAGGCAAAAACACAUACGCCCCUUUUUUCGAAAAACUCUGCAGACCUGUGUCCAGAGACCGUCUCUGGAGCCUGUGCUCUCCACCAGAACGUUUGCAAAGAUGACGGCAUUCUCGAGUUCCUAGGAACGGAAGCCAUCAGAGAGUCUGCUUCUGUGCUUGGAGGGUCGCCAUCUCUCGGCCGGACUUGGGCCUUGUCGUCACCGCCGCCCUCCCCCGUAUCCGUGACAUCUUCCUUCUUCGUCGGACGCUCUCCAUUCUCUUCCUCCUCAGCUUCAUCUGCCGUCUCGCGUUCUCGCCUUACCUCUCGUUCUUCUUCCUCCCUCCCCUCUCCCCCGUCGUCUUCUGAGCCUCCUUCUGAGUCUCCUUCUGAGUCUCGUUCCACACCGUUGUCUGAGUCGUUGUCCAGCUCUUCCGCGUCUCCAGCUGUCGCCUGUGUCUCCUCUGUCUCCUCGAGGUGUGGGGAAGGAGCCCCGCUUCUCUCUCGUUCUCCUUCUCGCUCCCUGCGUCUGGCGAGCCAGCUCCAGACUUCGCGUUCUCCACAUCGGCGCCUCUCUGCUGACUGCAACCUGGCUGGCCUUCAGGAUGGUAGUCGCGAAGGCGAUGCAGGGAUCGAAAAAACGGUUUCCGGCGCGUUUGCGGCCUCGCGUUUGCCGCCGUCCUGGACUUGCGACUGUGAGGAUCGUCUCUCCGAGACACACACACUCGCAGCUGAUUUGGGAGGCGUCCUUCGCGACCUCUACCGCUUGCGUGCUUCCAUCUUUGCGCGCGCCUCCUGUGCCGUUCGUCAUCGCUGUGGCUCUGGGCCUUCUCAGCGAGAAGCGAUCUUCUGCUGUCUCCUUCACCACUCGCAAGAGCUCACGAGUCUCCUCCGUCGACUCCGCUCGGAACUCCUCAAGUCGCGGGACUUCUUCGCGGCUUCGACGGCGGCGUCUUGUUCGCCACUGGACCUGCCUCACCCUCGACCCCUGGCUUAUGAUGCUUCACCUUUAGAUUCUUACGGACCUCAUCGCCUCGUGUCUCCUUCAUCGUCCUUUUCUUCCUCUUCCUCUCUAUCCUCUCUGUCUCCCGCCACGAUGUUCUCUUCCGCUCUUUCACCGUCGUCGUCCUCUCUCUCUUCUGUUUCCUCUCCCUUGGAACCUUCGUCGCGUUUUCCUUCUUCCUUUGAGUCUUUCGAGUCUUUCCCCGAGGCGUCCUGCCGCUCGCCGGCUUCCCUAGACACUCCUGAUCUGCAGGGGACGCGUGGAUACGAGGCGAGUGCGAACUCUCCGUUCAGGCCGCGGCAACUGUGGAGUUUUCUGGGUCGCGUCGGAUCGAUUUUGACGACUCUAGGGAAGUCGCUCCCCUUGCCGCCUUCAGUCGACCUCGGCAAACCUCGCGUAGCUCCAACAGAGUUCGAGGAGCACCUGCGGCGUCUCCUCUCCAGCAUCUCCCAUGUCCUCCCGGCCGUCGAAAGAUCCCCUCAGGACGGGACCCAGAGGACCGACAGUUCUAGCGAAAAGAAAGCGAACGCCCCCGGAAGCAGAGAGACGCCGCAGCUUGCGUCCGAACGUUUCCCCUCGCGCUUACGACAAAAAGCCACAGCGCGGGAAAAAGAAGAAAGCCUUUCACUCCACGCAGGUCGAGCAGAACCUCAGAUUUCUGGAGUCUCCAAAAUCGACCUCAGCGCCUGUCCUCUCACCCAGGAUCUCCAGAACCUCCUCCAUGCAUACGCGUUCGCUGCAACCGCGGCUCUCGCGACAGCGGCGACUCUUCCUGCUCGCGACGCCGCUGAUGAAUGGAUCAUCGCCUCUCUCCACAGCGCCGCCUGGUGUCUUCGCCUCUUUCCCUGCUUCCCGCCGGCUUCCGCGUCUCCUGCCGGUGGUGCGCCAUUUGCAUGUUCUGGAGGGUGGUCUGCUGGAGGCGUCUCGCGCAGUUCUUUGCCGCUCUUCCUGGCCUCUUCGCUGUCGAGCGCCGUCCAGAGUUUCGCCUCGACAGCGCAGGAGAACCUCCCUGCCCUCGCUGCUGCCGCACAGACGCGCAUCCAUCGCCUGAGAGAGGCCGCGCUCCUGGACCUCGUCUGGUCUGUGACGAGCCUCAAAGAGGUGCUCUGCAUGCACGGAGGUGCCGGGAUAGCUUUCGAGUCGCAGGCAGGGCUGGCAGCGCCGAGUGGAGAGACCUUUGACUCAUGGGAGAGUGCAAGGCGAUUCCCUGACCAAGCCGAGGAAGCUGUUGUUACGCCUGUGUUUCGCGGGGGUGCUUCGCCGUACGUGGAGAAGGCAAUUUCACCCGAGCCUGCCUUCUCACCUGACGUCUUCCUGGAAGCCAUAGCCGAGCGGACUGCGGACAUCUCUGAGGGCAGAUCGCACGCGCUGCCCGUUGCCCUGCUCCGAGCUGCCUGCAUCUUUUCUUCCUUUCCACCUUCUCUCUUUGUUCGUUUCUCUCGAAUGAUUCUGAACCUAGGCUGGGACGCGCAUCCAAGCGAGCCAGUCCUCUCAGAAAGUACUCCUUCCUCCGGUUCUUCUCUUGCUUCUACGUAUCCUGUUUCCUCAUCUUGCUCACCCUCUUCCUCUGCGUCGGCUUCCUCAUCUUCAGCUGCGUCUGCGGCUCAUGUUUCCUCGUCUUUGCCUUCUGUUUCUGUCUCUCCUGCCUCUCCGAUGCCAUCUAGAGCUGCCCCGUCACCCGGGUGUCGAGUUUCACCUACGAGGCAUGCAGACGUGCAGGAGACAUUCCUGGCAGCCUCUUCACCAGCGGCUCUCUCUGCGUUGUUGUGGGCCUACGCUCGGUUCCUCACUUCUUCCAGCUUCACUCGCGAGACGUCGGAGUCUUCUCCUAAUGCUCUUCGGAACCACUCCUCCCGGCUUCACAGAGCUGCGUUCUACGCCGUUCUUGAGCACGCCUUCGAGAGUCUCCGGCGACAGCCUGGGUGGGCCUGUAAGGCUGGCGUCUCGCAGCAACUUCCGGCCUCGCGUUUCCACGGGAAGCGGCGCGGGCAGGAGUUGGAGACAGAGGGAAGAGACAAGGCGAGGACAGGGAAAGAGGCUUGGGAGAACCGGUCCAUCUGCACGAGCUGCUGGGCGGCGAGUCGCGUAUUGGAGGUCACGCCCGUUUCCGAGCAUGCAAAUCGCCUUCUGACUCUCGCGUUUCUCCAAGAGAGCCUCCGCUUCUGUCUGCGGCCGGCUUCGGAGGAGCGGCUUUCUGCCUCAGUUGCGGGGGUCCCUGGCGGCUCCUUUUCGCUUCUCGGCGGACCAUUUCUGGACUUGAUGAACCUGCUCGAGGCGAGCUACCGGUGCCGGGUGCUUUCUCUGCCUCUGCUCGACUUUGUGGUCGCGGGACUCGCACGCAAAGAGGCGGCGUCGAUGUCGGUGCGUACUCACCCCGAGCCAAAGUACUUGUCUGUGGGCGAAGAAAACGGGAAGCCGAAGCGAGAUGGAUUCACCUCUCGGGAGGUCUGGGCCGGCGUCGCCUUGUUUGUCAUGCUCGCUCGUCUCUCCACUUUUGCCUCCGAGCAGCUCAUGGAGGCUGUUGCCAGACAAGGCUCUUGGUGCACGCAGUCCAGUUCUGGUCUAGGCCCGGCUGUCGCUGCGGCCAUCGCCGGGCGUCAGCCUGUCUCCAGCAACGCUUCGCGUGAGUCUUCGUGGGGUGGCUGGCGCGCGGCGCCUUCCACUGCAGGCGAGACUGACGAGAAUACGAGCAAAGAACACAAAAGGAGUGGCGAGAUGUCACUGUUUGCGGGGCAUCCGAACGCGGCCGCCCUCAGUGGGAGCAGACCUGCGGACGCGUUGUGUUUUCAGGGGAAAACGGCUUUUCAAGGGACCCCUGACGACGCGGAAACAGCUGAGCGCGCCGUGGCGAAGCUUGCUGAAGGCCGCCGAGUGCUGGUGUGCACUCUGUCGAGGCAUUUCCACGAGGUUCGUGACAGCGAGGUCUCCAACUUGCUCUGGGCACUGGUCAUGACACUGCGCAGUGGUGAGGCAAAAGAUGGCUUCGCUGUCCCGAAAGGAAACGAGACCUCGAGGCAAGUGCUCGCGUUCGACCGGGAAGACGGGAGAGGCCCAUGCACCGCACUCGAAGGCGAUGAGACACCAGGAGCUCACAGAGUCAACGCGCAGGCCGGUCGGCCGGGAGAUCUCGGCCUCCUGCCUGACAAGAGCGACGAAGGAAAGUUGCUGGAGCAAAUUCUGGCGCGCAUGCAUGCGCCGACCUUCGCCUGUCCGCCUGCGCACAUCUCGCGAGUCGCCUGGGCGCUGACGCGGCCGGAACUGGUGGAAUUUGUGGAGAAAGAAGGCAUUCCUCAGCCCAUCGUCAGUGAGAUUCUGGACAAGCUUCUGGCACGUGUGUUGACCGCGAGGCCGGCGGGAGCGCGAAGGAUGAGAGAACGCGAGAGACGGACGGGGCCUCAUAGGGUUGCGGGGACGGGAAGACUCGCGGAGACGCCGAACGAAGCGUGGGUGCCAGGCCCUCUCGUCUCCCUUUUGGGGGUCGAGCGUCUGUGCACCAUCCUUGUGUCUUAUCCGUCUUUCCAACGUUCAAAUGAGAAUGUAAAGAACCGAUUCGUGGGUGCUGCGCUCGACGAGCUCUUCGACCUUUUCUCCGCGAUCGAGGCAUGCCCAGGAAUUGCGAAGGCGCCUCUGACAUCCGCGAAGAGCUGCCAGGCAUCCCCCCAGGGUUCGGGGCUUCAGGGGCGCGUGUCUGGUCCGUCUAAUUCCCCAGUUGCCCUGUCUCGGCUUAUAGACGAAGCGCUCAAAAUGGAGACUCUCGCUGGCGUCGUCUGGGCCUUGAAUGUCCUCAAUCGACGGCAUUCGCUCCUCGUCGCCCUCGUGACUGACCAUGUAACCUCCCGGCUGCUCCAGCACAGUCGGUGCCAGUGGGGGGACGCAGCGGGUGACGAGGAGACAGGAAGCGGCAGUGUGAACGAGAAGACACGGAGCGCACCUAUCCAUAUGGCGGAAGAAGUGGAGAACGCCAUUUCCCUCGCGAAGGCAGGAGGCCCGAGCGUUGGGGCGCCGUCCGAGCCUCAGUGUGGCGGUGUCUCUGCGUCGCAUCUUCAGGGAGAUGGCAGCGGGAAGGAUAGGGAAACGCUGCAGAGGCAAGGCAGGGAACCGCUCGGGGGCGAGAGAGACACAGCGGCGGCAGGCGAAGAUGGUGCAAACUAUGCAGAUAAUUCUGCGUCUCUGCCCACUGGUGUCUCCCUUAUUUCAUCCCCCUCCAGUUCCCCUACCACCCUUGCUCGUUUUCCGCGGCUUCUCAUGACGUUUCUCACUGCCUGUUCAAAACUUCGCUGUGAGUUGCCUACAUCGUUUUUCGAUGCAUGUUCGCGGUACAUGGCAGGUCUCACGGCUUUCGUCGUCGAAGAAGUUUCUCUUCAUGCCGAUGCUUCCUUAGACUCGUUGCCGACUGGACCCUCUGCGUCGUCUUCGUCUCUGCCGGUCGAAGGCGCUUGCUGCAACUCGGAGAAAAGAGAGCAGCUUCUGCCGACUUCGCCUGUGGAUGCAGAGACGCUCGCCUUCUGCAGCCGUUCACACGUCUCCUCUCUCUCGCGCUUCUCGGGAAGGCCGACCUCUGCGCGGAGAUCGAAGGCCCAAAGUGUGGGGCGCCUGGGGACGGCCAGAGGCGGGCGGGGGACGAGACGACGCCUCUGGGCGUGGACGUAG